AUGGAAGCAUGCGGAGAUCGCUUUGUCCAUUAUCUAGCAGAACAAAACAUUCCAGUAGCUAUGUCCACAGAAGUAAUCAGAGAAACAGCUAAAGUUGAUCCAGAGAUUAAACAAAUCCGAGAGAGUAUAAUCAAUAAUCAAAGUUAUAAACUUCCUCAAGAUUACAAGUUGGUUGGGGAUGAGUUGUCUAUAACCAAGGACAUUGUUUUACGAGGAAAUCGAAUUGUCUUACCUGCUAAACUCCGACCUCGAGCAAUUGCCCUGGCACAUGAAGAUCACGCCGGUAUAACAAGAUGCAAACAACGAAUACGUUCCAAAUUGUGGUCGCCCAAGAUGGAUAAAAAUAUUGAAGAUCACAUCAAAACCUGCCAUCCAUGCCAAGUUAUCGAGAAACCUGAACGACCAGAGCCAGUAUGUCCCACCAAACGUCCCGAUGCAUGUUGCACCCAUUUCGUAAUUGAUGUGUGCGGACCAUUUCCAACUGGAGAAUUCGUUGUUGUUCUAACAGAUUACUACUCAAGGUGGCCGGAGGUAAAAAUUUUGAAAACAGUAACUUCAGAAAAUAUACUUCAGUGGCUCGAUUCAGUCUUUGCAGCACAUGGCUAUCCAGAAGAAAUAAAGUCGGAUAACGCAUCCUAUUUUACAUCACAAGAAUUCUGGGAAACGCUCAAGACCUGGGGAGUAAACCUACGUACCGUUACAGAGUACUGGCCCCAAGCCAACGGCCAGGUGGAGCGGUUUAACCAAGUUCUACUGAAUCAUGUAUUAACAUCUAGAGCAGGCAAUUAA